UCAAAUUCGAUAAAAAUUAUUGUAAGAUGCGUAUUAUUUGAGUACCUGUCUAGUUUCCAUUAAGUCGGCUAUAGCUUCUUCGUAAUUUUCUCCAUCCUCGCUGUAGUGCUCCAAGAUAAAGUCCUGAAGAAUAAAAGAUCAUUCUAUUGCUUUGAAUAAAAGAUCAUUUACGCGGGACAAUCAAUAAUUCGUGACACGUGUAUGUACAUACAUAGCACGUGGAAUCACAAAACGUGACCGACAAUGUUAAAUCGAUAUCUUCAUAGCAACCACGAUGACUUUCUUGGUUAAUGCAUACACGCGCGUUCCUUUUCACGACACUUGCAAUUUUCCUCCGUAAUAUUCGUUAAAGUUAAAAGCUGACUCAAAACAAGAAUGGUGAAAAUCACUCUCGAAUUAAUACGAAAACGUUCGGAGCACAAUGAGGGCGAAAUAUCAACGUUGGAAGAAAUAGCUUUGCACCAGGAGAAUAUCGAUAAAAUCCAGCUGAUAGAUAGACACUGCAGAAAUCUCAAGAUCCUUCUAUUGCAGCACAACCUCAUAUCGAAGAUAGAGAAUCUGAAUAUGUUGAAGAGGCUGGAGUACUUGAAUCUGGCCCUCAAUAAUAUUGAGGUUAUUGAGAACCUGGAGGGUUUAGAAAGUUUAAAGAAAUUAGAUCUCACCAUCAAUUUUAUUGAAAAUUUACAAAGUGUAAAAAGUCUCAGAUGCAAUGAGCAUUUGGAGCAUCUAAUUCUAAUGGGAAACCCAUGCGCAGAUUACGAAUACUACAGACAAUACGUCGUGGCAACUUUACCGCAAUUGCAAGAGCUAGAUAUGCAAGAGAUUACAAGAUCAGAACGCAUCAAGGCAUUGCAGAUCUACUCGCGAGCGCGAGACAAUGUUAUCGAGAGUUAUAAAAACUAUGAGAAGAAUAAGAUAGCUCAACGCGCUCGUCGCAAUGCUGCACAUAAAACUACAGAAACAAUCAAUCAGAUGAAUACUGCAGAGGAGCAAGUAGAAGAUACGGAAAACGAGCAAAACGAGAAACUGGAUGACGAAUCAGAAGACGAACGUUUCUGGAAACAGCCUAGUUAUCACACACCGGAAGAUAGAGUCGCCAUCGCAGAGCGAUUCAUGAAGAAACAAGAAAAAAAGAAUCGUACUUCGGAUAAGAGCAAUCAGCCAAAACGUGUGCUGAAGUUAUUCGCUCCAGACGGAAGAGCUUACAAUAUAAAUCAGGCAAAGGUGCCAUUCAGGUUAAAUGAUGAAGACGAUCCCAAUUUUGUUGUUCUUGAAAUCUCCGUUUACAGGCACUUGGACACUUCUUACAUCGACGUCGACGUAAACCCGACUUAUGUGCGAGUCACUAUAAAAGGAAAAAUUCUGCAGUUAACCCUACCCUUCGAGGUAUCAGUUGAGAAAAGCAACGUUCAACGAAAUACGACCACCGGAAAAUUAAUAAUCGCUAUGACACGUUUAACUCCGUGCACAACAAUUGUGAGGAAGGGCGAAUCGACGAAAAAAAAGAAAUCUAGUGAACGCGAAACGAAGGUGAUAACAGUUAAACCACCAGUAACCUCCCGACGAGCUCUCCUCGAGAUCGGCCCAUCGACAGAUAUUUACGAUUUUUUGAAGAUAACUAAAGAUUCCGAAAAACGAGCCCAGAAGAAAGAGAAGAAAGACCUCGAAAAUUUCGUGGACAAUCCGGACGUGCCGCCUCUCGAAUAAACGAACGAAAAAAGAAUCACGAUUAUGAAUUUAACGAUAAUGAGCUUGCAAACAAUCUUGCAACUGAUCAUCGUGUUGAUUCGGGCCUUACCUUGAACGGAUCCCGAAAGUCGAUAUCUUUGGUCUCUUUCAGUCCCAAUGGUAUCAUCGGCAUAAUGGGCUCUUCGCUGAAAGAAAAUACCGUUUGUUACAAUACCGUACGUUUUGGUCAUGUACAUCAUCAGUUAAACUCAUAAUUUUCACCGAACUUACCCAUCAACAUUCUGAUACAGCUCUACCGAGCUGUUCAACUCGGCGAGCUGUUCCUUCAGCAGUUGCAGAUUCGAAUUGACGAAGCUUAGCUCCAAGGCGACGGUCUCCUUCAAUUUUCUAUUUGUUGUCGCCCUGUAAUAUGAUAUAAUUAAUAAAAACUAAGCAAAUAUGUUA